AUGGUGCGUCAGAUGGUUCCAUGGAGUAUUGCUCGAGAGGCGACGUACCAGGCAAGUGUAGAGGGAGUGGCGUUCGCGGCACUGGUGAAGCAGCGGGAGCAGCAGGUGUCUAGUGAGGGGGAGGAGUCGGAGGAGUCAGAGAUAUCGGAGGCGUCGGUGGAUGGAUUUCGUCGCGGUAAAAAGAAGCUGGUAUUCCGACAGUCAAAACACGCGUACCUUGCGGCGGUGAUAGGGUUAUUGACCCUGCGACGUUACUCAGAAAUGUUCAAGAUGGCAGAGAUCUGGGGAGGAUAUACCUUCUUAUUACCGUAUCUAUUGUCGUUACUAUUUUUGGGUUGGCCCAUUAUGACGCUGGAGAUGUGUCUUGGCAACCUGCUUCGGGGAGGUAUUGGUAAAUCGUUCGAAGCAGUAACGCCUGCCCUUCGACUCGCUGCCCCCCUUGCCAUCCUUAAUACACUCAUUUACUACACAAAUAUGCUGUAUGAACUUACCCACCACGUCGGAGCCGCUUGCGGCUACUGGUCCAACUCGCCCGGCUGGAUACCCCCAGAGUCCGUCCGUGUUGACUGUGAACAAACCAAACCACUUGCCACCAGCUGCUCCCGCAAAGAAGGCUGCAUCCUCUUCGACAACGUCUGCACAUACGACCCCAUCUACUGGGCGCAACUUGACUCGGGCAAUCGCAAAGUCAUCAGCAACGCCACCAUGUGGGCCAUCGUCGCAACCUAUGUACUUAUCCUCUUCGCCGCACAAGGCUUCCAAUUCAAACUGCGCAGCAUCUGUAACGCACACCACCAAUAA